UUUGUCUACCCCCUCUAUUUAUAAACUACACAAAUAUCGAACACUUUGUCAUGAUAUCUUCACACAAUAAUUAAACUCUUCAUCGUCAUCUCAUUGUCAUUUUUUGUUCUUCAUCAUCAUCUUCAAACCUUUUGCUUUACUCAGACUGUGAGAAUCCUUGCAAGCAAAAAUGGUGGUCAAGAAACCAAGAAUUGUGAUAAUAGGAGCUGGAAUGGCAGGUCUAGUAGCAGCCAACAAGCUUUACACUUCACCGGGCACGAAAGAAGCGUUCGAGUUAUGUAUCGUAGAAGGUGGGAAUAGAAUCGGUGGUAGAAUUCUUACUUCGGAAAUCGGUGGUGACAGAAUCGAAAUGGGUGCAACUUGGAUCCAUGGUGUAGGCGGUAGUCCAAUUUUCAAAAUUGCUGAAGAAAUUGGCGCUUUAGAUUCUAAACAACCGUGGGAACAUAAAGACGGUUAUCCGAAAGACGUUUUAACCGUCGCAGAAGGCGGUUUAGUUCUUGAUCCGGUGUCUAUCGUCGAGCCCAUUUCAAAUCUUUACAGAAAUUUGAUGGAUUACGCACAAGGGAAGUUGGUUGAAGGGAGUGAAACUUACAAGAAGAAUUCUAGUAUCAGUAAUGGCUACUCUGACAAGCUUAGUAUCGGUUCGUUUCUUCGUAAAGGUCUUGAAGCGUACUGGAAUUCUGCCAAAAGCGACAACAAGAUGAUAAAAUCAUUGGAGGAAGCGGUGUUCGCAAUGCAUGAAAAUGAAGAAAGAGCUCAUACUUCAGCAGGUGAAUUAUCAGAUUUAGAUUACAAUGCUGAGAGUGAGUAUAAAAACUUUCCCGACGAAGAGUUAACAAUUGCAAAAGGAUAUUUACGAGUCGUCGAAUCGUUAGCAUCUGUUCUUCCUAGUGGUUUGAUUCAGUUGGGUAGAAAAGUUAAAAAGAUAGAAUGGAAAAAAGAUGAAAAUGAAGCAGCGGCAAUGGAAAUGGAGAACGGAUAUGGAAGUGGUAGGCCUGUGAAGCUGCAUUUUGAUGAUGGGUCGAUUAUGGUGGCCGACCAUGUCAUAGUUACCGUCUCAUUAGGAGUUCUUAAAGCUGGAAUCCGCGACGGAUCUCCGUCAGGUAUGUGUUUUAGUCCUCCCCUGCCUUCUUUCAAAAAAGACGCGAUUUCAAGGCUUGGAUUCGGCACUGUUAAUAAGCUCUUCCUAGAAUUGAGUCCAACUUACAAGGAGUUCAAGAAUUUUCCAAACUUGCAAAUGGCAUUUCACUCAUCGAGUUCGGAGUUGCGGCAACAAGAAAUUCCGUGGUGGAUGAGAAGAACAGCUUCUUUAAGUCCAAUUUACAACAAUUCUAGUGUUCUAUUGUCAUGGUUUGCAGGCAAAGAAGCUUUAGAACUUGAGUCUCUUAAAGAUGAAGAGAUAAUUAAUGGUAUUACGACAACAAUAUCAAGUUUCUUGCCGGAGCCGAAAACCCGAAAAGUCUUAAAUUCGCAACAAUGCAGCAAUGGAAGUGCAAAAACUAUUGAGUUUGCAAGAGUUGUGAAAAGCAAAUGGGGCACAGCCCCAUUAUUUAUGGGUUCAUAUAGUUAUGUUGCAGUUGGUUCAAGUGGAAAGGAUCUUGAUUCAAUGGCGGAACCAUUACCCUGUGUACCAUCAACACCAUCACAUCCUCUACAAAUUCUAUUUGCAGGUGAAGCAACACAUAGAACGCAUUAUUCUACUACUCAUGGGGCGUAUUUCAGUGGUGAAAGAGAAGCUAAUAGAAUUCUUAAGUACUAUAAUUUGUGAUUUGGAGUUAUUUAGUGUUAUUAUUAGAGGUUAAAAGUAUAAUAUUAGAAGAAAAUCUCCACCAAAAAAGAGAUGGGCGGCAAAGAGAAAUGGGGUACAAUGAAUAUAUAAUUUUUUUGUGUCUGGUACUUUAGUUUGUGAGAUUAUUUUUUUUUAUGUUUUUGAGUCAUUUUGUGUACUUUAAAUCUUUGAAAGUAAAUUGAUUGAUAAGAAUGAGAUAUUAUCAUAUGCUGCUUUGUAUUCUAUGAUGAUGUAAAAGUAGAGGAGCUGAGGAAGAGGAGGAACAAAACUCACUCAAUUAAUUAAGUUCUUCUUUCCAUCCA